AAAGUCCCGCGUUUUUUAGAUUUAUUUCGCGGGCGAAAUAGUCAGUCAAUUCUUGGUUGGGCGCAAAACCCACAUUUUGAGUGCCAGAAAAUCAAGCAAAGCAGGAGCCUUUCGCAUCGUUCCGGUGCGGGAAGGACAAAGACGAUUCUGGGUUUUGGUUUUGGAAUCAAAGUUUAGUACUUGAAGCAGCUGGGAUGAGCAGGGAGGGUUCUCCAGAUUGGCUGCGCACUUUUCAGGUACCAACAACCGAGUCAGUACUGUCCAUAUCCUCAGCUUCUGAGAGUUCACUUAAGGAAGAACAUUCAGUGAAGGAUAACAGUGAUGGCCGAGAAUUAUCUCCGGCUAAAUCAAUGGAAGUUGAUGAUGAUGAUGAUGAUGAAGUUAUAGGGAAAUUUAUUGGGAAAAGUGUUGGGUCUCCAUCUGAUAAGAAACUGAAAGGCAAGUCGCCGAAGAAAGGGGAAAAUGUAGAAGAACAUGUACCCCAGAAGAAGAAGAAGUCAGAUGGAUCCAAGAAAAGAGAAGGUAAAACAAGGGCCGUUAUUGAGAAGCCUUCAGAGCCUCAGGAACUGAAUGAAACAGUUUUGGCGUUGUCAUCAGAUUCUGAUCCUGGUAACAGUCCUCCCAGAGAGGAUGGUAUCCAUGGUGGAGAAUCAUCUGACCUUAAAAUGUCUCAACUGCAAUCUGGAGAUAACAGUGAGGAUGCUCUCAUGGGCAGCAGUGAAGAGUCUCCAUCUAAACAGGCUACAAAAGGAAAACCUUCAAAGAAAAGUCCCAAAAGUAAAGGCCAAACACUGAAGAAAGAUAAGAAAAAGAUUGACAACGAAGAAGGAAUUAGUGGCGAUGCGGAUGUGCCAGAGAAAGAAGCUUCAGACAAGCAGAUUGAACCACGUGUAUCCUCCUCAACAUUGCCGUUGGUGCUCUCUGAGAAAGUCCAGCGUACAAAGGCACUUGUUGAGUGUGAAAAGGACUCCAUAGAUUUGAGUGGUGAUAUGGGUGCUGUAGGACGGGUAAUAGUUUCAGAAUCCAGAUCUGGGAAUAGUGAGAUGUGCUUAGAUUUAAAAGGAACUGUUUACAAAACAACGAUUGUUCCUUCCAGGACAUUUUGUGUUGUUAGCUUUGGUCCGUCCGAGGCAAAGAUAGAAGCUAUCAUGAAUGAUUUCAUUCAGCUGAAACCAGAAACAUAUGAAGCUGAAACAAUGGUUGAAGGAACCUUAGAGGGUUUCUUAUUUGAUUCGGAAGAUGAGGCCGACAAAGUUCCUAAAACAGCUCCUCCACAUCAAGCUGAUAAGAAUGAUGAUACGGAAGAACAAACCAAUGGGACAACCCAAGGGAAAGCUCAAAAAGCAUCAAAGAUUGUAAAGAAGAGAGAUAAACCUGCAGGAGGGAAGCCACAGCCACCAAAGAAAGCAAGGAAGAAAACUCAAGUUUCCAAGAAGCCCAAGAGCAAAAACUGAUACAGCUUUUGUUUAUCUUGUACGGCAGUAGGAUUAGUUGUUCGAGUAUUUAGUGAAAGUCUUGACAUAUCGAGGCAAUUGUUCCUGGUUAGAUACAAGUUUGUAUUGUAGGUUGGCUAAUACGACCGAGUAAAUAACAUUCAUCUGCAUUGCCUGGAAUCACUUUACAUUUUAGUAGAGUCCAGAAAUCGGCCACUU